AUGGAAGCAUAUGCUACCGAUGAGCCGGUUCCAUCUUAUUCGUGGGCCGCAGAGGAUCACGAGUUAAUUAGUCAAUCGGCGGAAGUUCGAGCUGAUGGUCGGAUCGACGUCAACCUCGACUCGGUCAUUGCCAGGAACAUCGCCAAGAACAUCGCCCAUGUCAUCCAGCUACAGCAAGAAGACUUGCAUAGCCCUCCUCCAAGUUAUGAAGAUCAAGUUAUUCUACCGAUCACGUUCGAUCUUCAGCUUAACAUCGUCAUUCAGAUCGUGGGCAGCCGAGGAGAUGUCCAACCCUUUGUUGCUUUAGGGAAUGAGCUUCAAAUCCGUGGCCAUCGUGUGCGAAUUGCAACCCACGAUGUAUUUGCGGAUUUUGUCACCGAGUCCGGACUAGAAUUCUUCCCCAUUGGAGGAAACCCAGCCGAAUUGAUGGCUUACAUGGUCAAAAAUCCGGGACUGUUGCCUCAGAUGGAGACCUUGCGCUCGGGUGAGAUCCAGAAAAAGCGUGCCAUGGUGGGGACGAUGCUCAACGGCUGCUGGCGGUCAUGUAUCGAGAAUGAUCCUAGAUCCAACGAAACCUUCGUGGCAGAUGCCAUCAUUGCGAACCCACCCAGCUUUGCACACAUUCACUGUGCUCAAGCUUUGAGUAUUCCUCUCCACCUCAUGUUUACCAUGCCAUGGAGCAGCACGAGGGUAUUCUCCCAUCCUCUUGCGAAUAUGAAACCCUCGGGAAUGGAUCCAAGUAUAGCAAACCUCGUUUCUUUUGGUGUGACAGAGUGGCUCACCUGGCAAGGACUAGGCGAUGUCAUUAAUAAGUUUCGAUCGACGUUGGACUUGGAUCCAAUUGCAAUGGUACAGGGACCCAGCCUGGUGGAAUCCUUGAAAAUUCCAUUCACAUACUGCUGGUCUCCUGCAUUGGUCCCGAAACCAAUAGAUUGGCCCGCCCAUAUUGAUGUUUGCGGGUUCUUCUUUAGAGAUCAGCCAAUGUACAAGCCGUCCGAGGAACUGAUGAAUUUCCUUGACUCUGGCCCAGCUCCUGUAUAUAUCGGCUUUGGAAGCAUUGUAGUUGAUGAUCCCGAAUCAUUGACGAACUGCGUGCUCAAGGCUGUGGCAGGAGCUGGCGUUCGAGCUAUUGUGUCAAGAGGCUGGAGUAACCUCGGCGGUGGAUCUUCCAAAUCCAAGGAUAUAUUUUACCUUGACGACUGUCCACAUGAAUGGUUAUUCCAGCAUGUUGCGGCAGUGGUUCAUCAUGGAGGAGCGGGAACCACUGCUUGUGGCUUGUUCAAUGGCCGACCAACUGUGGUUGUCCCAUUCUUCGGGGACCAACCGUUCUGGGGAGACAUGAUAGCAAAAGCGAGGGCGGGGCCCCCAGCUAUCCCUCAAACUUCUCUCAAUGCUCGAAACCUCGCAGAUGCGAUUCGGUUUUGUCUGACCACUGAAGCCAACGAAGCGGCGCAAAAUAUUUCCUUGAAAAUGCAGACAGAAUCUGGUUUGAAUGCUGCAGUUGAGUCAUUUCACAGGCAUUUGCCGGUUCAAAGCAUGCGCUGCCAAAUUAUGCCCAAACAAGCGGCUGUUUGGACAUAUAACAAGUCUAAGAAGCAAAUCCAACUUUCAAAAGCGGCUGUUCAAACCUUGAUCAAUCAUUCCAAGAUUGACAUUAAGCAUCUUCGAUGCCACGAUGUUAGCCCAAUUGUCAUUGAAAAUCGGCGGUGGGAUCCUCUUACUGGCAUAUUGUCUGCAGCAGCAACUACUGGAUCUGAUAUGCUCAGGUCUACCACUGGCAUGGUGACCAAUCCUUACCAGGAAUAUAAACGCAGACAUCCGGUUGUCUCAUCUCCAAGCCUUACAUUGAGUGGCACACAGCCUUCAUCGUCAACAUCCUCUAUCUCCUCCAGCAGUCGACAGAGUGAUAAGAGGAGCGGAAACCCUGCUUCGACCGCAGUAUCCAUGGCUGGCGCAUUUCUUGGUGGGUUUGGCAAAUUCACGGGCACAUACUUCAAAGGCGUUGUAGUGGACAUUCCUCAUGCAGCAGCUGAGGGAUUCCGUCAAGUUCCCCGGCUCUAUGGCGAAGAACCCAAGGACUACGGCAACAUUGAAGGUUGGAAAUCCGGAGCCGUGUUCGGUGGUCGGAACUUCGUCGACGGCAUGACCGAUGGCUUCAAGGGUCUUGUCAUGGAGCCUAUUAAAGGAGCCAAAGAGGAGGGUGCCUUGGGUGCAGUCAAAGGGAUCGCAAAAGGCACGAUUGGCUUUGCCACCAAGAUUCCAUCAGCUGGACUGGGUUUGGUAGCUUAUCCGUUCCAAGGUAUCGCAAAGAGUAUCGAAUCCACGGUCCGAUCUAAGACCAGGAAGGCUGUCAUUCAUGCACGGCUGAAUGAGGGAUUCUCUUCAACUCGAACACAAAAUCUGACACAGGAGGAGCAGGGUUAUAUCGUGCGCACCUUUGAGACCUUGGUGUGUGGCACAGGUACUUGA